ACACACGUCGCUGCUAGUUACUCGCUCAGCGGAUGAAGUCAAUAGAAUGUCUACGUGUUCCAGCGAGUCUCGCUGGCGAGUAGGCGAGGAGAGUACAAGCGAUGCGAUGUGGGCGGGUUCCGAGAUAAACUUAUUUUAUCUUCGAGCGACGCGAGUUAAGCGAGUAACCAAUUGGAAUGCAGGAUACAGAUUAUUGACAGGUGACGUUGCCCCUGUGGUGUUCUGACCACCCAACUUCUGCACGCAAUCACACUUUGAAGUGUUGAGGAAAAUACAUCCAAUACAGUGUACACCAUCAAAGGCUCAUAUGCAUGGUUGUGCACAGCACACGAUCAACGUUAAACAGCGCAAGCUCGUCCCAUCAAGAGCCUGUCUGUCUCCCAGACCCGUUCCCACAGCCCAGACCCCCGCCUCAGCCACGAUGGCCAGCCAGGAGACGGAGAAGGAGAAGGAGAAGGAGGCAGAGAUCCUACAGGCCGAUUGCAGCACUGAGGACACGCCCCUGAAGUCUGUGAGCACGCCCACCAGCUCUCCGCCGGGCGAGGGUGACGAGGACGCGUCAGCAGCAGGAGGUACCAGCCUGUCGGAGAGCUGCUCGGCUGGCCUCCUGUCGAUGCCCGGCCUGCUAAAGGACCUGAAGGGCAACGGCGCCACCACUGGUGGUGGUGGAGGGAGCGGGCGCGCACAUACACACGGCCACGAGGAGAGCGACUCUUCCCCCUGCCUGCUGUCCCCGUCCUCCUCCGGCCACCUUGGCGACUCGGACACGCAGUCGUCGGCCGAGGAGGGGGCUGUCAAGCGCGCCGUCACGGGCAGUGGCACGACGACGGCGACGCCAGCGGCGGCGGCUGGCAACGAGCGUGGCACAGGCACGGCCGGUGCCAGCGGCGCCGGUGACCCGGGGGCAACAGGCAGGAAGUCGCGUCGCUCGCACUCGGAGAGCGACACGCCCGGCAGCGCCUCCAUGGCGGCCAAGAAGAACCGCUGCCAGGAGCGCCAGCAGCAGCAGCAGCAGCAGACGGUGGCCAGCAACGGGCAGCGGGUGCGGGUGCGCGGCCACCGCAGCCGGCUGCAGAAGGAGCGCAUGCGCAUGCGGCGGCAGAAGCGCGAGGCGGCGGCGCGGCGGAAGCCCGACCUGCUGCAGGACAGCAGCACGUCCGACAGCGACAUCACGGCGCAGUCCUCCUCCUCGUCUUCCUCGUCCUCGUCGGACAACGAGCACGGCGCCGGCACCGGCAUCAACUCACACACACCAGGUGAGGCAGAGGCAAAGCCUCAGGUGAGCCGACCGUCCUCAGACAGUGAAGUGGAGAUAAUCGGCGUUCAGGAGAACCCCAGGUUCCCUCGUGGAGGGGUGAUCCAGUCUCUGUCCUCUUGGAAGAGCGGGCCCAAGCCCACGUGGAACACAAACCCUAGUCAGCCCGGAUGGGCACCGCCCCCCGAGGUAGUGGACUUGACACUGGAGGAGGACAGACAGAGAUACCUGCUGUGACACACACACACACACACACACACACGCUCAUAUAUACCUACUGUAACAGAUCCCUCACCCCUCCUCAAACGAACCGAAAACCUGCUGUAACACAGUCGCACACCCUUGCUUCACACAAACACACACACACACACGCACACACACACACACACACACACACACACACACACACACGCACCCUUGUACUACAGUGAAAAAGAAACCCACAAUGUUUAUACGGCUUCCAUUGCCUAAUGGGUCCCACACUACAUAUCAAACCUAGAACAUGGAGCGUAGACACACGACACGCAAACACAAGCACAUACACAUAGACGCUUUUGGAGUGUGUGCACUGAUCAAGUACUAGCCUGCAUCCUCCUUCUCUUCCUCUUUUUACCCACGUCAGGUCUUCGCUAAUAAGCAAUAUGAAUGUGCGUGUGUGUGCGCGCGCUUGUGUGUGUGUAUAUGUGUGUGUGCGUGUGUCUGUGUGUGUUUGCAUGACUGCCUCCAUGUGUUUAGGUGCCAGUCAAUAUUUGUCCUCCCGUCCUUUCCUGUGGACUCUGUUGCCUCUGUAGAAAAAUCAUACGUUUCCCCGCUAUCAACCAGCACAGAGUGAUUUUUGUGUUUUUGUUGUCUUUUUUCUUUUCUUUUUUGUUUUUUUGUUUUGUUUUUCAGUGUCCCGAUUACAAAUGAGAGAAUGACCUUUUGCAUUCUUUUUGCAAUCUAUUGACUAGAAAUGAUCACUGACGUUGAGCCUCACGUCACGAUGCCACAAGCAAAAGGAAAUGAAGGAGGACAGAAAUUGACUUGAACCCUUUGAGUGAGUGAGUGAAUGAAUGGCUGUGCAAUAGCCUCAAAAAGCUGCUGCUCGAGGAAUGAAUGUACAGGGAUGAAUCCAACAUGUUAAAGGAACAGUCCACCAUUUUUGGAAAGGUGAUCAUUUUACACCUGAAUUUUUACCCGUCUCCACCUUGUUUAACGUGUGGUUCAAGCAUCUCUUCCAAUGACGAUGCAUGUAGCGGGCGUCAAAUAUCAACAUUUCAAGGGACAGGCUUUGCUACACCUUGCCGCAUAAUGGCGGCAAAGAGUAGAGAUGAGCAGGCUUUCGGCACGCACAUGCGUCAGGAUCAGUGGACUAUAUAUUUAACUCGAGGGUGAGGUGUAAAAUGUUCUGACUGUUCCUUUAAACUCGUUCACUGUAAAACGCACUAAGCAGAAAAAGACCACAAUGUAACUCACACUUUUUUUGUCCUGCGAUGUGCAUUGUGAACAAGUGGAUGUUUUGGAUGCACCGUGUGUGACUGUGUGACUGUGUGACUGUGUGUGUGCACGCUAUUUGAUUUGUGUGUGUGUGUGAGCGUGUGUGUGAACGAGCGAGCGAGACAGAGGGGGGCAGAUGUAUGUUCUGUUUUUUUUGUUUUUUUUAACAAAUGGUGUGUGAAAUGCAGAGGCUGAAGACGAUGAACUGUUGUUGCUGCUGCACUUUAGAGACUUCUCAAUCAAGAGUUAACUAUACAAUCAUGAUCACUCAUAGAUGUAUACACUCUCGCAGAGUGGACAACACACGCUAACCUCCUUUAAUCUGUUCUACACCACGACUCAGUCAGUGAUGGGCAAGAUGUAGUCAUUACAAUCCAUUGCCACAUAUUCCAAAUGCCUUUGUUUUGCCUGUCCAAUUCAGGAAGGUGAUUGGCUGGUUGAAUGAUCACCUGGCUCAAUUGGACAGGUAAAACAAGGUCAUGUGGAAUAUGUGGCACUAUGGUGUAACUAAUGAAUCCUUUUUGUCCAUUACUGCUCAAAAUACAAUACAAUACACAUGCACACGCAAAACACCUUCAAAAACCUUACACUUGCAUUAACCACAGGGGCUCUUUUGCUCUAGACCCGAAGAUCACUAACCAAUAACAUUUCUUUUGUUCUUCUGAAAUGUAUCCGCGUGAUCCUAUGUCCCCGGUACUCACACUUGUUACUUUUGUGGGCCGUUUUUCUCUGUAGUUUUCUGAAGCGCCGCUAACUAUUCAGACAACCGACUUUGUCUAGCUGAAAUUGUUUUAGAUGCAAUACAAAGCUUUCCGUGUUUGGCCCCUUUGCCUUCUACGCUGCCUCGAAUGAGAAAUGGAAUAUAGUAUAUUUUUAUUUUCUGCAUUAAGAAGUUAAAUAAAGAAUGGAUCAUGAUGACAAGAUGGUGGAUACUGCAGCACAAAUGGGGGAAAAAAUAAUCAAUUGCUCUCAUCUUCUGAGGUUCAACUUGUACAAAUUGCUCAAUCCGUAUAAUGCCGUGUGAGAGCUGAAGCAGUGCAGUCUGUACUUACAACUGUGGAAUACAAAAGGGUGUAAAUCUUGAUGAUAAUUAAAGGGACACUGUGUGAGAUUUUUUUGUUGUUUAUUUCCAGAAUUCAUGCUUCCCAUUCACUAAUGUUACCUUUUUCAUGAAUACUUACCACCACCAUCAAAUUCUAAGUAUUCAUUAUGACAGGAAAAAUUGCACUUUUCAUACAUGAAAAGGGGGAUCUUCUCCAUGGUCCGCCAUUUUGAAUUUCCAAAAAUAGCAAUUUUUAGCUGCAAAAAUGACUCUACUUGGACCAUACUAGAAAAUAUUUGUUUAUUACUUAGUAAACUUUCAUGUAAAUACCAAAUUUGGCAAUAGGCAGCCCAGUUUCAAUCAGCAGGAUAGUUGCAGUACCUUUUUUGACCAUUUCCUGCACAGUGUCCCUUUAAUAACAUUGUAAGCCUGAAUCGGACAGCACUUCAACAUCCAAUCAUUUCAUUCGUUGUUGUUUUUUUCUUUACUUACGGAAGACACUUCUUUGUUGUGUAUGUGUGUGUUGAAGGGUUCAUUGCUCUCAUUUGUUAUUUACACACCAUGUAACUUUAUGUGGGUAUCAUUUACUCACAGGCAUUCAUUUUUGUGUGUGUUUUUUUUUUUAAAACUGUCUAUGUUUGCAUUGUAUCAUACACACACACACACACAGAUAUGUGUGAAAUAUUUUAGUUUGACUGUUUUUGGUUGUUGGAAAAAUCAUGGCAUGGUGUCAGUCCAUAGACCCAGAGGAUUUUCUGUUGUAAGAGUCCCAGACCUAAUUGUAGGUGGGGGUUUUUUCCUCAGCUUUUUUUUUUUUUUUUUUACAUCUAAUCUGAGGAUGUACAUAAAUACAUUAAAACACCUGGAACAAACAUGAGAUGCAUGUAAUGAGACCGAACAUCUAGUAAUUCCCUAAUGAUCCUAGUCUUUUAUUUUGUGUUGUAAUUUGGAGUGUUUUAAGUUGAACAAAAAAAAACUGCAAAUACAUGCCCUGCAGUCCUCCUCUUGUACCUGUAUGUCAGUGCUGACGUUUCUCAGUUUGUUUUUUUCUGUUUUUGUUUUCCACUGUUUUUUUCUGUCCAUACACAUGUAGGUGCAUUCAAUUCCUUUAUGUUUGUAAUGCCCUUUGAGGUCCCCUUUUGCUGCAUUUUCAUCCCACACCUCCCAUCUCGACCUACACCUUUUCAGCUUGGAGUCUUGUACGUGACUGGUUCAUAUUUCUCCAAUAUCAGCUUAAUUCACAGAUACACAACACUAGAUGCUGCGUUCAGCGAGUUGGCGUGGCCCAACCUUGAGUGCUGCCGUUUUUGGGCCUAUACUACAAAGCUGAUUCAGGAGUAAACCAGGUUAAGUUAAGAGGUAAAUCAUCUAAUAGAAGAGGGAGGACCAAAGGCUCUUCUAUUAGAUGAUUUACCUCUUAUCUUAACCUGGUUUACUCCAGAGCUUUGUAGUAAAAGCCCCUGGUGUGGUAUCCAAUGUUCACAGACGUUGUUUUACUGCCACCUGUAGGAUAAUGUGCGUAUCGCCUUGUCACUGAUUUGAUGGGGGUGUUGUAUCGAGUGAGGCCAUUCAUUCCAGUACAAAGUCAACGGUCAACGCUGCAUCUAGUAUUCUGUAUCUAUGAAUGGAAUUGGAAGCCAGGGGUGCAUUUCUCAAAAGAGAAGUUAUUAGCCUGUUAGCAACUUUGGUAGUUGCCAAUGGGAAAAUGCAUUGAAAACAACAAAGUAGCUACGUUGGCUUCGAGAAAUGCACCCUGGAGUUGAUCUUUUGAAGCAGUAUGAGGGCAGGAAGAGAUGAAAAGGUGACAGUGAUCUUGAAACACUGCUAUUGCCUACACAGUCACACAUUUAGACGCAUUCAUGAGGCAACACCAACACAUACACACAGUCACAGACACACACUGAUAUUGCGUAAAGUCACACAUUUCUGAGGCAAGACACACACACACACACACACACACACACACACACACACACACACACACACACACACACACACACACACACACACACACACACACACACACACACACACACACACUUUAUUCCACUGCAGUGUUUCCUACAACAGGUCAGCAAUAUAUGUAUAAAAUAUGGUGAACUUUAUUUUGGGUACAUAUUAUUUCAGGUAAUAUUUUGUGCAGUGUGUGUGUGGAGACACAUGAACCUACUGUGGCUGGCCAGUAUGAGUAUGUGCAAACCAUAAUGGGUGGAUCUCAAACUAGUUCCUCCGUCCCCCUAUCUGCUGCUUGUAGCCUCCUGCCUGCCUCUGUGUAGCCCCGUUUCCAUAGAGAAAACAGAGUUUCCCCACUGACAACCAGCGCAGAGCACUCAUCAUCCCAAUUUGCAAAUGAGAUCACUUUUUUUAAAUUAUGUUUUGCAAGAUAUUGAUUGAAACUUUGAGACUGUGGAUACGGCAGUAGAAAUGGAAAAAAAGAGAGAAUCAAUUGCUCUCAUCUUCUGAGAUUCAAACUUCAACAAAUUGCUUAAUUGCUUGAAACUUUGAUCAUGGAGGACAUAGAGCUUUGGGCCAUGAGGCCACUAGCAGCAGGAAAUGACGGGAGGAACUGGUUUGGUUUACACCCCAUGUGUGGGAAACUACUGACACUUCUGAUCUCACACGUCUCCCUCGUCUCAGAUGAUGACGACCUCCUUGUCCGACUGUACACUAUGUCAUGUACAGUAGUACAUCACCCCUCAUAACCAUUACAUGUGUGCUACAGCAUUAUGUCCUUCUCACACACACACACACAUUAAAUACAAUACACUGUCUCACACAUUUGGCAUCCACCACUGAUUCCAAAGGAGCUCUUCUCCCUCCCUCUGUGCCCCCCCCCCCUCCUUUAUUCCUGUGUCCACUGCUCCUUUUCCUCAGUAUUUUAGGAGGAAUGUUUAUAAUAUUCUCUUGCCUCAGCAAGCCAGACUUCCUUCAAAAUGACAAAUAUGAUGUAGAGAGAAAUGAAACUAUUUUAAAAUAAAUUAAUAGUUAUUUAAAAGA